AUGGAUUCUGAUAAGGGCUUCUUCCAUCGGGAGAAGGUUACGCGGAGUAAUGGCAAGAAGUCUAACUUGUCGCUGGCGAUACAGGAGUCUGAGUCCCGACAGAUCAGUGGUAGCGAUGCGGAAGAGGCGAAACUUGUGCCGGUUCCCGGCGGUAUGAUGGAUCUGUCUGGAAGUUCAAUGAAGAGUGGUCACAGUGGUGGUGCGUCUUCGGGAGCCGAUAUCGACUUGCAGGAUGUGAUAAAUAAUGGGUCUCUUAACAGUGCGAUAAACAACAACGGAAAUAGCAGCAAUAGCAAUGACAACGGUGUGUGUGGAUCUACUUUUCCUACAGUCACCGCUAGGAUGUAUAAUGAUGGAGGUAACGGGGAGGACGAAGAUGACGAUGAUUGCUCCUCUUGUGAUGAGAGAAAUGAGGAGUCCCUGAAAGAUUAUAAACCUGGUGGAUAUCACCCAGCUUACAAAGGUGAACAUUAUAAGGAGGGAAGAUACGUCCUUGUCCGUAAACUUGGUUGGGGGCAUUUCUCUACGGUGUGGUUGGCGAAGGAUGUCACUACUGGCAGCCAUGUAGCAAUGAAAAUUGUGAGAUCAGAUAAAGUUUAUACAGAAGCAGCUGAGGACGAGAUUAAACUGCUACAAAAACUAACAGAUGGACAGGAUGACCAGCUGGGUGCAAAAUAUACUUUGAACCUACUAGACAAUUUUGUUCAUACUGGGCCAAAUGGCAGACACGUUGUGAUGACGUUCGAAGUUUUGGGGGAAAACUUACUGGCGCUCAUAAAGAAAUACGAGCAUAGAGGUAUUCCUCUUGUCUAUGUAAAACAGAUUUCUAAACAGAUCCUUUUAGGAUUGGACUAUAUGCAUAGGAAAUGUGGCGUUAUUCACACAGAUAUUAAGCCCGAAAAUGUUCUCAUGGAAAUUGGAGAUGUUGAGGCCAUAGUCAAGAUGGUUGAACUUUUGGAUGAACAAAAAAAGAAUUUAAAAAGAUUGCAAAGAAGUGGUUCUGUGCUUGAUCACAACCAAAGUUUUGAAUUCCAAAGAACCAUAGGUCAUGGAGCUAAUCAUUCACAAACCGGGAUGAAUGAUUAUACCCGAUCAAAUGAAGGCACUCCUUUACAACGCAUUCCUAGUCGAAAGCCGAGAAGAAACACUAUAAUUACGGGCUCCCAGCCAUUACCCUCACCUAUUAGUUCUUCAAACUUCAAUGAUAUGAAGACUCAAUUGUUGGGGACAAGCAUCUCAAACACAAUGCUAACUACCAAUAUUACCAGUACACAGUACCCAAUAAGCAAUACUCCUCAAAGGGGCUCAUCAAUAAAUAUUCAUCAGGGACCGAUCGCAAGCAGUUUACAGAGCUCUAUCUCAAAUAGAAGUAUUAAAAACAACCUCAUGUCACACAUGUCAGAGUCAAGUACUUCUAUUGCAAACGAUCUGAACGGUCAACAGCAACAGCUAGCGCAUUCUUUGUCCUCUUUUGAAAUUUCUAAUAUAGAUGAGACACAGGAUAUGGAUGGUAAUGACACUAACAUUAUUCAGGUUAAGAUUGCUGAUUUGGGUAAUGCCUGUUGGUAUGAUGAGCAUUAUACCAAUUCUAUUCAGACCCGUGAAUAUAGAUCUCCAGAAGUGUUAUUAGGAGCACCAUGGGGAUGUAGUGCUGAUAUUUGGUCAACUGGUUGUUUAAUAUUCGAAUUGAUUACUGGUGACUUUUUGUUUGAACCAAAUGAAGGACAUUCUUAUACAAAAGAUGACGAUCACAUAGCACAAAUUAUUGAACUUUUAGGGGACUUCCCGUCUUAUCUGUUGAAUAACGGAAGAUAUACCAGAACAUUUUUCAAUUCAAGAGGUCAAUUAAGAAACAUUUCAAAAUUGAAGUUUUGGCCUUUGAAGGAUGUUCUCAGAGAAAAGUACAAAUUCGAUAAGGAAGAAGCUCAAGAAAUUGCCGAUUUCUUAUUACCUAUGCUAACUCUAGACCCGAGAAAAAGAUGUGAUGCAGGUGGGCUUGCUAAUCACCCAUGGUUAAAUGAUACAUUGGGUAUGGAGAAUGUCAGUGUUCCAGAGAGAAAAUUAUAUGGAAAUGGAUCGGAUAUUCCGGGUUGGUACAAUGAAGUCCCCAGUCAUCAGAGACAUUAA